AUGUUGAAGUAAGCUUCCAAUACAAUACAAUACCGGCCUCCGUCGCAAAGCUUCGACACAACCUUUUCUUUCGUCCGGUCAGCCUCAUCCUUCUGACAACCUCUCGAUUAAUUGCGGACCCCGAAGUUUUACUGCUCUACCCUUCCGACACUUAGCGUUCUGCUAAUAUCUUUACUUUGACUCCUUCCCUCUACAAUACCCUCCAUUUCAUCGCCCGACGAGCUAUCGCCGUCCUGUCCCUUCCGUCAUCAUGGCCGCCGGCCAGCAAGCAGUCUCCUUCAAUGAGAUCAUUGAAGCUGAUCGCCAAAAGAGAAAGAAUGAAGAACUAGCCAACAGCAUCCUGGGGAAGAACCGAAGGACGAGCGCUCCGGGCGCCGGUAACAACAAGGCGCAAACUGCGACACAAGGGAGUCUGGCAAGUCGGAUCGGCGUAGCCAAGCGUUCUGCACCUGCCCCCUCCAAGCCUAAAAAGGCCAUCCGGACGCCGUCUGCACCAGCACGAGUCACCGCUUCGAACGCGAAACCCGGAAAGAAGCGUCGCCCCGAUGAAGAUCGCUUGAUGUCUGCUUUGAACCCCGCGAGUGGACAAGCAACAGUUCGCGAUGGCCCUGUCGGCCUUUCCAUCAAGGGCGCAGGGUCGGGACCGUUUGUCGUUGUCGGCAGCAAUUUCGCACCGGGCACUACCGCUGCAGAUAUUCAGUCGGCUUUGGAACCUGUGACGGGAAAUAUCUUGCGUUGUUGGGUUACCUCGCAGCAUCCUACGGUUUCUGCAGAGGUCACGUUUGCAGAAAAGUGGGCAGCGGAGAGUGCGAUUGCCAAUUUCCACAACCAGAGGGCGGAUGGCAGAAUCCUGUCGAUGCGAAUGAAGUCGGGCAGCGCCGGUUCCCAGGGCCAGGAUUUAUUCGAGCGUUCUGCGGGCGCCCAAAACUCAUUCAGCGAUCUUCGAGAACAAGAAAACCGUAAGCGCUUGUUACAUCGUGGAGCGGAUCCUGCUGUUCAAGACGGAAGCUAUGGGUUCGGCGGCCAGAACCAAGCAACUGGUCGCGAUGAUGCCUCCGGGAACCGCAAUAAUAGACGCAACUUCCGAGGAAAUCGAAACGCGGGUACCAGCAGGAACCAAGCUCAACAAUCAAACGAACAGAGUCUCUACAGCGAUCAAAUGAUGGUCGAUGCGCCCCCACGGAAUCCGAGAAACUACCGGGGCCGGCGAUAGAUUACGGUGGACAUUUCGAUUACAGCAUUUCAAUCAUUGGAUCUUAAAUAACCGCCAUAUGUAAGAAUAUCAAUUGAAAUACCGGGUUUGGACACUUCCGAUUAGUUUACUUCAUACAAGACAUCGGAUGUCAUGAUAGA